CCUCUAGAGACUUGCGACUCCAUUUUGGAUUGCUUACCUCCUCGUGAUCUUCUUGCACUUGCACUAUGUUCUAAAACCACGCGGAUGAAUGUCACGACAUACAAAGAACGUGUAUUCAGUAUUCAACAUGCGUACCGGAAGUUCUUUACUAUUGAUGAGAUUGCAGGAUUUCAAAAGUUACAGAACUCAACAGCUCUUCUUGUUUCUGGCUCUACCGCUCUCCAGUUCUUCAACAGAGAUAAUUAUAACGGUGAUCUUGACAGUUAUUGUCAUUUUCGUCUUUGUAAACCUGUAGCCGAGUGGUUGAUAGGACGUGGCUAUCUAUUCGAGCCCAUUGGCAAACAGACAUCCGAAUUCGACCAGACAUUUUCCGAGAUCUCAGAUGAUGCAGAUAUCCAGGAUUAUACAUUUGACACUAUCGCCGCAGUGUGGAAUUUCAUUCGAGGUUCUUCCAAAAUACAACUGAUCGGUACGCGGGGUUCACCGUUAGAAACCAUAUUUUCUUUUCAUUCCACUUGUGUAAUGAACAUAUUUACACAUCGUGCUGCGUACUGUUUAUUCCAAAAACUCACUUUAGAGGAUAAGGCAGCAAUGCUUAUCGAUCUUCAAGCUCCACUGAAUUUUCACGAUAUGUGUCCCAUACGUAAAUACGAAAACCGUGGAUUCGACAUCAUACACAGACCAACGUUUCAGCAAGCUUGCGAUCCGUCUUCAUCCAUCUCGUUCCUAGCGCUGAGGUAUAUCGGCGAUAGUCACUGUUGUCGUAUACCAUUUCACGAUAUGGACGGGGAUUUGUCUGCUGUUGAUACCAUAGAAUCUAACAGCUGGGAUAUGGCUUACACUCGAAAGUUCAACACCAUCGAUUUUUGUUCAUUGAAUGUACCUGGUGCAGUUGUCGACUACGUCGUAGGACCUCACAACAUCGCACUAGCCAGAGCACAAAUUAGAGCAAUCAACACCGUUCUUCAGGGUGGAAUUCUACAGUACAUGUGA